AUGCUCGUCGGCCGCCAUGUGGCCCUCCGCCGGCCCACUGGCCAGCAUGACGGCACCCUCCAGCUGUUCCGCCGCACCAACGAGAUCCGCGCCAUCCGCAACCAACCCAACUUCGCCAUCACCAUUAACCCGCCCCUCCCCCACCCCACCCGCCGCGGCCAUCCCUUCUCCCACCACCCCUUCCAGCAGCACGCCAAGCCGCACGACCCGCCCGUCCGCUCCCGCAUUCUGUGGCAGUUUGGUGCGGGCUGGGCGACAGCUGACGCCAACGACGGGAAUGUUUACGCGUCGACGAGUUCCCUGCUGAAGCUUCUGUUGCUGGUUCACCGGAGGGUGGUUGUGAGCGGCACGUCCGGCUCAGGAACAGUGAUGGUGGACCGGUAAGUGGAUGGACGGCAGGCCACUCCAGGGUAGAUGGCCUACGUUGUGUGUCCUGCGUCCAUGUGUGUAUGUCAGGAGUGUGCGUGGUGGCCAUCUGGAUCGCAUGCUGACUCGAUCGCCGCACACGCCCCUUGACGCAUGCUCACACGUGCUGACAUUUGAGGCGGUCGGUGGGGCGUGUGGGCAGUCGCAUGUGCUGACAUCAUCGGCCGACCCGUUCACCGCAUGGGUUUCCCCUGGCGUCCUUCCAGGCGAAAACCAGAACGGUACGCAUACACCUAAGAGACCAGCAAACCCGCAAUGCCUGUUGUGCCGUCCUGUGGCCUCUUCUCUGUCUGCGUGCAGUGCGCGUCACCAUCUAUACCACCGAGGCUGCAGCAGCAGGUGUGGCCCAUCACGCGCCAUUCGCCCAACGAUUCCCCCUGACGGCAGCCAAAGUGCGUCUCGUCCUCGGCCUCAUCGCACCCAUCAUCCUCGACGGCCAGGCACCUUAG